CGGUCUCAUAACCAAAACUUAAAGAAAAUAAAACCACCACUGCCACCAUCAAACAAAGUGUCGGCAACAUAUUUAACCGUUUUUUUUUUCAUUUUCCAACCGUUUUUCUCGGUCUCCGGAAUAUCCGGUGCCGACAUUCUAACUCACAAUGAAGCACCACCGUGUCUCCGCCUUGGUUCUUUUAAGCCUAUGCUUCAUCCUCGCGCAAGGGCGGUCUAAGCAAAGCAGUGUCCACCUCGACACACAUUGGCACCCGGGAACCGCCACCUGGUACGGCGAAGCAGAGGGAGACGGUAGCACAGGAGGGGCGUGUGGGUACGGUAAUUUGGUGGACGUGAAGCCGUUCAGGGCAAGAGUAGGGGCAGUGGGGCCAGUGCUGUAUAAGAAAGGAGAAGGGUGCGGAGAGUGUUAUAAGGUGAAAUGUUUGGACCAUAGAAUAUGCUCCAAACGGGCAGUGACGGUUAUAAUAACAGAUGAAUGCCCCGGCUGCCCGUCUGACCGGACACACUUCGACCUCAGUGGUGCUGCUUUUGGUCACAUGGCCGUUUCUGGUGAGAACGGUCAACUCAGAAAUAGAGGUGAAAUUCCAGUUGUUUACCGAAGAACAACAUGCUUAUACACUGGCAAAAAUAUUGCAUUUCAAGUUAAUGAAGGCUCCACACCAUUUUGGUUGUCACUUCUAGUGGAGUUUGAGGAUGGAGAUGGGGACAUAGGCUCCAUGCUUAUACAAGAAGCUGGGUCUAGUGAGUGGCUGCAAAUGAAACAUCUAUGGGGUGCAAAUUGGUGCAUUACUGCUGGACCUUUGAGAGGACCUUUUUCGGUUAAACUAAGCACUUCCAGUGGGAGAAGCCUCACUGCUAAAGAUGUUAUUCCAACUAAUUGGUCUCCGAAAUCCACUUAUACUUCUCGCUUAAAUUUCUCUCCUUAACUAAUUAAGCUCACUCCCUAAGGGAGUAAGUAAAUAAAUUCAUAACCACCUUUUUAUCACCAUCGACUUCAAAUCAAGGGUGAAUAUUAUUCAGUCACAUGUCAUAUAAGUCGUCUGAGAUUGUAUUUUUUUUAUGCAUAAGAGAGUGAUUUUUACUUUGUAUGUUUAGAUAUAGAGUUGAUUUUGAUGUGCAAUUAUAUGUAAUUUUUGUAUCAAGAGUUAUGUAGCCCUCUCCAAAGAGGAGAGAGAGCUUGUACUAAUGUAAUGUAGUAUGAAUAUAUGAUGUAUUGUUGAAUUCAGUUUCAGUCCCUACCCAUUGGUUAAAUAAAGAGUGAAUUAUUAAUGGGA